AUGCAUGUCCGCCCGCGUCACCAGGAGAGGCUGCUAGAGCGGUUGGAGGCGGUGGAGGUGCUGCGCAGGGCGGUGGUGGUGUUUGGCGGGGACUGGUUCCGGCUGGGCCUGUCCACGUACAAGUCGCACGACCUGCCCGCCUGGUGGCGCGCUGGCAUCCACGACAAGGGGCUCGUCAAGGUGUGUGGCAUCCACGACAAGGGGCUCGUCAAGGUGCGUGGCAUCCACGCCAAGGGGCUCGUCAAGGUGUGUGGCAUCCACGACAAGGGGCUCGUCAAGGGGCUCGUCAAGGUGUGUGGCAUCCACAACAAGGGGCUCGUCAAGGUGUGUGGCAUCCACGCCAAGGGGCUCGUCAAGGUGUGUGGCAUCCACGACAAGGGGUUCGUCAAGGUGUGUGGCAUCCACGACAAGGGGCUCGUCAAGGUGUGUGGCAUCCACGACAAGGGGUUCGUCAAGGUGUGUGGCAUCCACGACAAGGGGCUCGUCAAGGUGUGUGGCAUCCAGGACAAGGGGCUCGUCAAGGUGUGUGGCAUCCACGACAAGGGGCUCGUCAAGGUGUGUGGCAUCCACGACAAGGGGCUCGUCAAGGUGUGUGGCAUCCACGCCAAGGGGCUCGUCAAGGUGUGUGGCAUCCACGACAAGGGGCUCGUCAAGGUGUGUGGCAUCCACGCCAAGGGGCUCGUCAAGGGGUGUGGCAUCCACGCCAAGGGGCUCGUCAAGGUGUGUGGCAUCCACGACAAGGGGCUCGUCAAGGUGUGUGGCAUCCACGACAACGGGCUCGUCAAGGUGUGUGGCAUCCACGACAAGGGGCUCGUCAAGGUGUGUGGCAUCCACGACAAGGGGCUCGUCAAGGGUGUGUGGCAUCCACGCCAAGGGGCUCGUCAAGGUGUGUGGCAUCCACGACAAGGGGCUCGUCAAGGUGUGUGGCAUCCACGACAAGGGGCUCGUCAAGGUGUGUGGCAUCCACGACAAGGGGCUUUGUCAAGGUGUGUGGCAUCCACGACAAGGGGCUCGUCAAGGUGUGUGGCAUCCACGACAAGGGGCUCGUCAAGGUGUGUGGCAAUCCACGCCAAGGGGCUCGUCAAGGUGUGUGGCAUCCACGACAAGGGGCUCGUCAAGGUGUGUGGCAUCCACGACAAGGGGCUCGUCAAGGUGUGUGGCAUCCAUGACAAGGGGCUCGUCAAGGUGUGUGGCAUCCACGACAAGGGGCUCGUCAAGGGGCUCGUCAAGGUGUGUGGCAUCCACGACAAGGUGCUCGUCAAGGUGUGUGGCAUCCACGACAAGGGGCUCGUCAAGGUGUGUGGCAUCCACGACAAGGGGCUCGUCAAGGUGUGUGGCAUCCAUGACAAGGGGCUCGUCAAGGUGUGUGGCAUCCACGACAAGGGGCUCGUCAAGGUGUGUGGCAUCCACGACAAGGGGCUCGUCAAGGUGUGUGGCAUCCACGACAAGGGGCUUGUCAAGGGGCUCGUCAAGGUGUGUGGCAUCCACGACAAGGGGCUCGUCAAGGUGUGUGGCAUCCACGACAAGGGGCUCGUCAAGGUGUGUGGCAUCCACGCCAAGGGGCUCGUCAAGGUGUGUGGCAUCCACGCCAAGGGGCUCGUCAAGGUGUGUGGCAUCCACCGACAAGGGGCUCGUCAAGGUGUGUGGCAUCCACGACAAGGGCUCGUCAGGGUGUGUGGCAUCCACGACAAGGGGCUCGUCAAGGUGUGUGGCAUCCAGGACAAGGGGCUCGUCAAGGUGUGUGGCAUCCACGACAAGGGGCUCGUCAAGGUGUGUGGCAUCCACGACAAGGGGCUCGUCAAGGUGUGUGGCAUGCACCCCAAGGGGCUCGUCAAGGUGUGUGGCAUCCACGACAAGGGGCUCGUCAAGGUGUGUGGCAUCCACGACAAGGGGCUCGUCAAGGUGUGUGGCAUCCAUGACAAGGGGCUCGUCAAGGUGUGUGGCAUCCACGACAAGGGGGCUCGUCAAGGUGUGUGGCAAUCCACGACAAGGGGCUCGUCAAGGUGUGUGGCCAUCCACGACAACGGGCUCGUCAAGGUGUGUGGCAUCCACGCCAAGGGGCUCGUCAAGGUGUGUGGCAUCCAAGCCAAGGGGCUCGUCAAGGUGUGUGGCAUCCACGACAAGGGGCUCGUCAAGGUGUGUGGCAUCCACGACAAGGGGCUCGUCAAGGUGUGUGGCAUCCACGACAAGGGCCUCGUCAAGGUGUGUGGCAUCCACGACAAGGGGCUCAUCAAGGUGUGUGGCAUCCACGACAAGGGGCUCGUCAAGGGCAUAUUCUUGCACGGGUACGGGUCGUGGGCGGCCAUCAUGAAGGACGCGGAGCUGCCCUUUGCGGCGCUCAUAGCGCCCAGCAAGGCCGCCAAGGGCAAGGCAGGGCCCCGCAAGGCCGCGGCAGAGGCGGACGGCAGUGGCGCCGGCGAGGGAGGGAGAGGCGGCAGCGAGCAGGCGGACGAGGACGGGGCAGGCGGGGGAGCGGCAGGGGAGGGGGCACCGAAGGCGAAGGUGGUGGUGCGGAGGGUGAAGUACCUGGAGAAGAUGCUCAAGCGGCAGCUCAUCAAGCGCGACAGCUCUGGGCAGCAGCGUGUGCAUGGACACAUGGCGUCCGCUGGUUGGCUGGUGGGAGAUCCACACAGGGCUGGAGGUGGGGGGGAUGUUGGAGGAGGCGGGGGAGGAGUGAGCCUGGAGUUCACAUUGGAGAGGGGCGCGGGUGCUGGGGGAGUGGGUGGGGUGGGAGCACGAGGUGUUCAUCCUGCUGCUUCUGCUGGCGCUGGUGUUGCUUUGGUUGGAAAUUCUGCCAGAAUAGUGGGUGGGGGUCUAGGCUUGGGCAUGGGUGGAGGUAUGGGUGGGCUGGACUUAAACAUGGACUUGGAUGAGGAAAUAGAGGACUAG